AUGGAGAGAUCAAUAAUUAGGGUUAUACUAAUAAGCUGCAUUGUGAUGUUGGGGUGGGCAAUAGGUUCUUCCAUGGCUGCUGAAGAUGCGACAGCUUAUUGGACCGACUACAAGGUUAAAGAGAAUGACUGGAGUCUGACAAAGCAACUAUUAUUGGACCGCCUUCUGUGGACGGAGAUUCCUAAGCCACAAUCAAGAUGUGGACUCUGCUUAAAAGUGACCAACACUGCCAAUGGAAAAAGCGUGACGGUGAGAGUGCUGGAUACAUGCACCAGGCCAAGUUUGGAUUUGGACUAUCCAGCGUUUUCUGAGAUCAUGGAUGACAAAGGCAGGUGGGACGGGCAUCUUACAGUGAACUAUGAAUUUGUGGAUUGUGGUGAUGAUACUACAAUUCGUCUCCAUCAUGCACUGUAA